AUGCUUGCCUCAAGGAAGUUUGGAAAUAUCAUUCGCGGAACUGGAGCAACACGUCUUAAACACACAUUACCUGAUUUGCCCUACGAGUAUAGUGCUUUGGAGCCUGUAAUCAGCCGUGAAAUAAUGAGUCUUCACCACAGUAAACAUCAUGCUACUUAUGUGAACAACUUAAAUGCUGCAGAGGAAAAACUUGCUCAAGCACAAGCUAAAGGUGACAUCAAUACAAUUAUCAGUUUGGCGCCGGCUCUAAAAUUCAAUGGAGGUGGUCAUAUCAACCACACUAUUUUCUGGCAGAACCUCUCCUCUAAAACCAGCAAACCUUCUGAUGUGCUUGUCAAAGCUAUUGAGAAGGAUUUUGGAUCAUUGGAGAAUAUGAAAAACCAACUAGCAACAGCUUCUGUGGCUGUGCAAGGUUCUGGUUGGGGCUGGCUUGGAUAUAACAAGCAAAUGAAAAAACUGCAGAUUGCUACUUGUCAGAAUCAAGACCCUUUGCAAGCAACCACCGGUCUAGUGCCUCUCUUUGGAAUAGAUGUAUGGGAACAUGCCUAUUAUCUUCAAUAUAAAAAUGUACGGGCAGAUUAUGUAAAAGCAAUAUUUGAUGUUGCUAACUGGGCAGAUAUUUCAGCAAGAUAUGAGAAUUCUCUG